UAUGCAUUUGAGCUAAAGCUAGCUCUCAUCUUAAGCAUACCAAACAGUUCUUAUAUCCCUUUUGCACCUUCUCAGUUUACAACUUGUGUCCACUAAAAAUGGUUUCAGCAAAGAAAACUAGGUCUUCCACUAAAAAUGAUCUUUUAGUCCAUGAAGAAUUAGAACAAUCUCAAGAAUCUAUUUCUGUUGUUGCACCAAUUGUGUCCUCAUACAAUGAGAAAAUUCGCCCUGUUCUUGAUGCUGUUGAAAACCUGAGGCGCCUCAACAUUUCUAAAGAGGGAAUACAACUUCCCACCAUUGUGGUUGUUGGUGAUCAAUCUUCUGGGAAAUCCAGUGUGCUUGAAUCUCUUGCUGGUAUUAGUUUACCCCGUGGCCAAGGCAUAUGCACCAGGGUCCCUUUGAUCAUGAGGCUCCAAAAUCACACUCUCCCAAAGCCAGAACUUAUUUUGGAGUUCAAUGGCAAAACCAUUUCAACAGAUGAAGCACAUGUCUCUGAUGCAAUAAACCUUGCCACAGAGGAGCUUGCUGGUUCUGGCAAAGGGAUUUCCAACAACCCUUUGACUCUUCUGGUGAAGAAGAAUGGUGUUCCUGAUCUUGCCAUGGUUGAUCUUCCAGGCAUUACUAGGGUGCCUGUUCAUGGCCAACCUGAGAAUAUUUAUGACCAGAUUAAGGAUAUUAUCAUGGAGUACAUUACUCCUGAUGAAAGCAUCAUCUUGAAUGUUCUUUCAGCAACUGUUGAUUUCACCACAUGUGAGUCCAUUAGGAUGUCACAGACUGUGGAUAAAACUGGUUUGAGGACACUUGCUGUGGUUACAAAGGCUGAUAAGUCCCCUGAAGGCUUGCUAGAGAAGGUGACAGCUGAUGAUGUUAACAUUGGUCUUGGCUAUGUUUGUGUCAGAAACCGCAUUGGAGAGGAGUCUUAUGAGGAAGCAAGAAUUGAAGAAUUGAAGCUGUUUGAGACUCACCCUCUUCUUUCCAAAAUAGACAAAUCUAUUGUGGGUAUUCCUGUUUUGGCUCAAAAGCUUGUUCAGGUUCAAGCAAUGAUCAUAUCUAAAACUCUGCCAGAUAUUGUUAAGAAAAUCAAUGAAAAGCUUGCUAGUAAUUUAUCUGAGUUAGAGAAAUUGCCUCCCAACUUGUCAUCAGUGGCUGAUGCUAUGACAACUUUCUUGCAUAUUAUUGGGUUGUCUAAAGAUUCUCUGAGAAAAAUUCUUAUAGCAGGAGAUUUUGGGGAGUACCCUGAAGACAAACACAUGCAUUGCACUGCUCGCUUGGUGGAGAUGCUUGAUUCGUUCGCAAGUGAUCUUGAUGGAAGUUCUGAAAGUGAUCCUGCCAAGGAUUUUCUUGUGGAAGAGAUACAGAUGUUGGAAGAAGCAAAGAUGAUUGGUCUUCCAAACUUCAUGCCAAGAACUGCUUUCCUUACUAUACUAAAGAGGAAAGUGAAUUCCAUUGCAAAGAAACCAAUUGAUUUUGUUGAAAAAGUGUGGGACUAUCUGGAAACUGUUGUGGUUUAUGUAUUAGCGCUCCAUUCAUUAAAUUAUUAUCAGCUUCAGCUUUCAGCAACAAGAGCAGGGAAUAGUCUUAUUGGUAAGAAGAAGCAAUAUUCAAUCAAACAUGUGCUGCAAUCUAUUGAAAUGGAGAAGAACACGGAUUACACUUGUAAUCCUGAGUACUUGCAGGAAUAUGAUAAGCUGAUAUCUCGUCGAGAUUCUUUUUUGAGGGAAGUAUUGGAUGUUAAGAAGCCGUCAAAAGUAAAGCUUGAAGGUGUUGGGGUAAUUGAUGUUGGUUAUUUGAGGGAUCACACUAAAAUUCUUAGCCAAGCCUUUGAUUUGAAAGUGAGAAUGAUAGCUUAUUGGAAAAUUGUGCAGAGGAGGCUGAUUGACUCUAUGGCAUUGCAUUUAAUGUUGAGUAUCAAAGACCUUGUAAACCAUGAGCUUGAAAAGGAGAUUUGUCAUGAUUUGAUGUCUCCAGAUUGCGGUUGGAUUGAGAGGCUGUUGGAGGAGUCUCCUUCAAUUUCUGGGAAGAGAGUGAAGCUUAGCAGAAGUGUUAAAGUACUCCAAGAAAGCAAGGAGACAGUAGCUAAUAUCAUGGAGAGAAUCAGAAUGGUGACGGUAAGUUGUAAUGCUCCAUGUUCUGGAAGGCAUCCCGUCCUCUGAUCCAAGCUAUUCUACCAUUUUUGAAAGUUUUGAAGGUCACCUUUUCUUUUCUUGUUUGGUUAUGUCAUUUUGAAGGUUGUUCACUUUUGAUGUUUUAUGAUCGACACAUGUGUUGUUGAUUCGAUCAUUUUUGGAUGUCUUAGUAGUUUGAUUUUUUUGUUGGGUUGAUGUUAUUGUAAAAUGUCAAGGUUGUUUUUCAUGUUAUGGACAACUCUGUUAAUUGAAUCUAUGGUGGUUACUAUGUA